AUGAGUUCCGCCAUCGGCUUCGACCUUGACAGGAACAUGUCCAUUUUGACGGUCCCUGUCGCCUUUCUCAUGUGCUGGGCGCCCCACGCGUACGCCGGCAUCUUGGCCGGCAGGGCCUUUGACAAUGCCAACCCGCGAGGAUUCCGCGACAACGUGGCCAAGAGCGAGGCCCUCGACAAGGCGAUGAAGCAGCGCAUCCUCCGUGCCGAGGGUGCCUCCCUCAACGGCUUCGAGACGCUCGGCUUCUUCGCCUCGGCCGUCGUCGCCGCCAACGUGGCCGGCCUCCGGCCCGCCCAGCUCAACGUCCUGACCAUCGGCUACAUCGUCUCGCGCCUCGCCUACCUUGUCAUCUAUAUCCACCUGCAGACCAACCGCAGGCGCUCCUGGCUCCGCAGCGGUGCCUGGCUGACCGGCGUUGGCCUCGUCCUGACCAUCUGGAUCCGGGCCGGCCUCGCCAUGUUGCGUGCUCCGUAA